CCUCUGUUUACUACGCAUGAGGCCUUUCAGCGCGCCUUCCUUCGUCUGAAAAUCUCCGGGCUCCGGCGGACGACGCUUCCUUCUCGCAAAGGCCCAGGCCCAGCUCCAGCGGCACCGCCGCGUCCGCCCCCUCUGCGCGGCGCCGGUCGAAAACUCGAGAUGCCUCGCGACCGCGACGAGCCAGCCGCCGUGCGCGUCUACACCGUCUGCGACGAGUCCAGGUACCUGAUCGUGCGCAACGUGCCGUCACUCGGAUGCGGCGACGACCUCGCCAAUCUCUUCGGGACGUACGGCCCCGUGGAGGAGUGCACGCCCAUGGAUGCAGAGGACUGUGAGCCCUACACCGACGUCUUCUUCGUCAAGUUCUCUCAGGUCAACAACGCCAGGUUUGCAAAGAGGAAGCUUGACGAGUCUGUAUUUCUUGGCAACCGCCUGCAGGUGACCUACGCUCCUCAGUUUGAAAGUCUUCUAGACACCAAGGAGAAACUGGAAGCUAGGAGAAAAGAAGUCCUUGGCCGAAUAAAAUCAUCUGCUGGCAGACCUGAAGGGACAUCUCAGUACUCUCCAGCUCAGGGAUCAUCUAGUGGGAAUCACCACCAGCUGAACUCUAAUAAGAGGGCAUAUAUGAAGACAAUUCAUACUUCUCAUAUUGAAGAUCCUCGUUUCAGUCAUGUGCCCUCAGAUAAGGAUUAUUUUCCAUCCGAGUCGAUGAAUGCUACUGUAAAGCUAGUCAGAGAGAAGCUUGAUAAGAUACAAUCUGGUGGUGAUAAUUCCAGUACUUCAGCAGCAUCCAAGAAACCAAGGGUCGAUAACCGCAGGCGAAUUUGAUAUUGGCAGAUAAUGCUGAACACGCAUUCAAAUGUUUUGGGGUAGUGUUGAUGUUAACAUGACAUACCAGAAUUUUGAUAGCCUUUAUUUCUAUCCUUUUUUUUCGCUCACUUACUCUGUCAUUAAGUUAUUUAUGUUUCAGGGUGGUGGUGUUGUGCUAUGCAGUUAGCUAGAGUUGCCGCAAUAAAAUGCCUUUCUUUUAGUUAUUUUUCGAGCUGUAAUGUUAGCAUUAUAAAAUAUCUGUUACUCUUGCAAUCAAUUACAUCAGAAUUCUCAUAUUUAUAUUGACAUCCCUCGGAUGCGAGGGUACAGUGAGACAUGCCUAGAGUUGGGCAUUGUUUUGAGACCA